CAGGAAAAAAAAAUGCUAGAAUCUCGAUAAAAUAAAAAAUGCAGAAGCUCAACGGUGCCUUUUCUUACUAUCAGAUAGAAGUUGCAGUCGCACCGAUAUCAACGCAGCCGGAGACGGAGUUCGUCAUCGCCGGCCACCAAAAACAGUAAGAAACUCCGUCCAAUUUUUCCCCUCCUUUCCGCAUUUUCAUUCCCCUAUCCCGUCGCGGCCCUUAACCGCCCACGACGAUACGAUUCCAACGCCAUAACCGCCCCUGCAAAACCAAACGCACCAUAGAAUUGCGUCGUAGCAAAGCUCUACUCCGCACUGCGAUUAACAACAUAGAAUGUGGUAGGAGUUAAUCUCGAUCAUUAGAUUCCAACUUAUUAUUCGAAAUUUACAACUUCAACUCAUAUAUGAUCAAUAUUCAAUAGAUAGCUUUCAAUUUGGAUACUUCAUCGUUCAUUGAAGAAUUUAGGGUUAGGGUUUGGGGUGAAAACGGAAAACAUGGCAUCUUCGGAUGACGAAGUUGAUACACAGCCAAUUUUUGUAUCAAAUUACCAUUUCGUAGAUGAUAAAGAUGCGCCUGUUUGUUUCUCUGUGUUGCCAAUUCAAUGGAGUGAGUCUGAGAGUCUUGAAGGGAAGAAAGAGAAGGUUUUCCUUCACGGUAACGCCGAUAAUGGGUUGCAGAAAGUUUUCAUUCAAGUCAAAGCAUGGAGGUUUGAUCUUUCCAAUGUCAAGCCGGAGAUAUCGGUGUUAUCUAAGGAUGGGAGAUGGAUCAAACUUCAAAAGCCAAGGAAGAGUUAUGAAGAUAUCGUAAGGACUGUUUUGAUUACUGUUUAUUUCAUGCAUUAUGUGAAGAAGAAUCCUGAAACAUCGGCAAAAUCUGUGUGGGAUAGCUUGAGUAAGAAUAAGGAUUUCAGCUAUUAUGAAGUUAAGCCUUCACAAAAUGAUUUGUUAAACCAUAUGGCUUUAAUGGGUGAAGCUGCCACAAGGGAUACCAUCUUAGCAAAGUCCAAGCUUUUACUCACGGUUCUGGAAGAUAAGGAUAGGAUGAGGAUUAAGAAAAUUCCUGACGAGGAAGAUGAAGAGCUAACACGACCUGGAUUUAUAGUUGAUGAUAUUGACAAUGAUGCAAUUGAUGAAACUGUUGCUGAGGAAGAGUCAGAUGAAGAGGAUGAGUUAUUUGAUUCUGUUUGUUCGUUUUGUGACAAUGGUGGUGAACUUUUGUGUUGUGAUGGAAAGUGCAUGAGAUCAUUUCAUGCUAAUGAGGAGGACGGUGAAGAAUCUUCUUGUGCCUCUCUUGGAUUUAGCCGGAAGGAAGUUGAGGAGAUCCAAAAUUUCUAUUGUAAGAAUUGCAAAUAUAAUAAACACCAGUGCUUUGCAUGUGGCGCACUAGGCUGUUCGGAUAAAUUUGCUGGUGCUGAGGUCUUCAAAUGCGCUUCUGCAACCUGCGGUUUCUUUUAUCAUCCAGAAUGUGUUACAAAGUUACUUCACCGGGUGGUUGAGGAUGUUCCUCCUGAACUUGUAAGAAAUAUAGCUAAAGGGGAACCUUUCACUUGUCCUGCUCAUUAUUGCUGUAUCUGCAAAGAAAUGGAAAACAAGAAGGAGCACGAGUUACACUUUGCUGUUUGUAGGCGUUGUCCCAAGUCAUAUCAUCGCAAAUGUUUGCCAAGAAAGAUUGCUUUUGAAGACAUAGAGGAAGAAGGCAUUGUGGCCAGGGCUUGGGAAGGUCUUUUGCCAAACAAUCGCAUUCUUAUUUAUUGCUUAAAGCAUGAGAUAGAUGAUGAACUUGGAACUCCUAUAAGAGAUCAUAUAAAAUUCCCCUAUGUUAAAGAAAAGACAAAGCCUGCAACCAAAGAAGUUAUAAACAAGAACAAUGCUAAGUUAGAAGAUUUACCUGUCACAAGACCUAGUGCUAAAUUAUCUAAAUUGUCUGGUAAAAUGUCCUCUGGGAAAGUUGGUACUGAGAAUCCUGGAAAGAUUUCUGGAUCAAAUAUCCCUAGAAAGAAAGCAAAUGAAGAAUCAAGGAGGUAUUUGAAUGAAACUAAGAGGUCAAUUUUAAAGGAAACCGAAAGGUCUGACUAUGAGGAAAACCAGCCCUCACUGGGUGAGCAACUUUUUUCUUUCUACCAGAAGGGUUCCAAGCAAAUUAGUUCUGGCAAUCAUGUUGAUAAUGUAUCUGAUAACACCCUGUCUGUUAAGCGUACUAAAAAGCUGAGCAGUGCACCACCCCAAUUAGAUGCAGAUUCAGAGAGGAGAUUGUUGGCUUUGUUUAAAGAAGCUUCAUCUUCAAUUACUAUGGAGAAAGUCAUAAAAGACCAUAACUUUGUUUCUACUCAUGCUCACUCACUGAAAAAUGUUGUGGAGAAGACUAUUACGGUGGGAAAGUUGGAAGGUUCAGUUGAGGCUGUUCGGACAGCUUUAAGGAUGCUGGAUGAUGGACAUAGCAUUCGGGAUGCAGAAGCUGUUUGUGGUCCCGAUGUUAUGAACCGGUUAUUCAAGUGGAAGGACAAGUUGAAAGUGUAUCUUGCACCUGUUCUACACGGUAAUCGCUACACAUCAUAUGGUCGCCAUUUUACACAAGUGGAAAAGCUGGAAGGGAUUGUGGAUAAACUCCAUUGGUAUGUUCAGAAUGGUGAUACGAUUGUGGACUUCUGCUGUGGUGCUAAUGAUUUUAGCAGACUCAUGAAGAAAAAGCUUGAAGAGACUGGGAAGAGAUGCUCGUACAAAAACUUCGAUUUACUUCCAACAAAGAACGAUUUUAAUUUUGAGAUGAGAGAUUGGAUGACUGUCCAGCGAACGGAGUUGCCUACAGGGUCACAGUUGAUCAUGGGCCUCAAUCCCCCCUUUGGACUUAAAGCAGCUUUGGCAAACAAGUUUAUAGACAAGGCUUUAGAGUUUCAGCCUAAGCUCAUGAUUCUUAUAGUACCACCAGAGACACAGAGGCUGGAUAGAAAACGAAAGCCAUAUGAUCUUGUCUGGGAGGACGAAAGGUUUCUAUCAGGCAAGUCGUUUUAUCUACCUGGAUCAGUUGAUGCUAAUGAAAAGCAAAUGGACCAAUGGAAUGUAACGCCACCCCCGCUCUACCUUUGGAGCCAUCCAGACUGGGCUGAUAAGCAUAAACUCAUAGCCCAGGAGCAUGGUCACCUGAGACAGCAUGACCUAUCAAGGAUGGAUAGUUUCGACAAGGAUAAAUCCUCUGCCAGUCAUACAAUGGAUGAUGAUUAUGUUGAUGAUACCAUGUUGGAUCGUAUGCUGGAUCAUGAUUUCUUGAAGUCAACUAAUGAUGAAGAUUGCUCAUUUAUGGUAGGCCAUAUGGAAGGCCUGUCCCGUGGAAAUGUUGAUCAACAGGAGUAUUUGGCGACUAAGGCUGAGAACACUUCAUGGAAAAGGAAACGAAUAGAUGAUGGAAGAGAACCAGCUGUGACCUCACAAGCUAAAAGACAAAAUAUAAAUGAAAUGCAUGAGGGAGUACUGGACCAUGGUAACUCAAAUCCACUUGAAUUCGAAGGAUAUCAGUCUGAAUCAGAUAUGAUAAUUUCAGAUGAUGAGGCCGCUGAAAAUAGUCACACGCCUCUGGAGCCCCACUCUUCCGUCGGUGAUGAUGGCUAUAGGCCUCUUGAACCCCUCUCCUCCUCCCGGAUGGAGUUUGGUGACGCCUAUGAUGGGACCCAAAAUUGGCGAAAUGUUGCUGAUCCCCUUCCUGAUUAUGGGUUGGCAGAUUUACAAGAUCACAAUAGCAGCCAUCUGGGAGACGGCACAAGUAGCCUUGGAUAUAGACCUGUUCUCAGGGAGGAUGAUAAUCCAAUUCACCCUCCUGGAGUUCCGAAUUCUGAUCCUAUGAGUAGUAGUUAUCUACCUGGUCGUGGUUCUGCUUAUAACCAAUUGGGAUCUACUUAUUCUGUACUUGGUUCUGGAUCUGAAUUGCCUUACAUGAUGAAUACACCAGCUAUGCAGACGAAUACACCAGCUAUGCAACGGUAUGCAUCUCGUCUCGAUGCAUUAAACCAUGUCAGCACAAAUUCUUUGGAGCCUGAACAUCCUAUAAUUGGUAGAAAUACCACUGCUGAACGUAGUACAUCCCAACCUGGAUCUGGAAAUGUGCCGCCAAGUUUUCCAGGCGGUCCUUCCCAUUUGUAUUCACGCCAGAAUUCAUCAAGUUGGUUUAGUGAUUAACUUGAAUGUCUACUUUUUUAGGUGUUCUCCUUUUGUUUUGGAUAAAGAUGUUAUAUUAUGUACAUAGGUACAUAGAUGAUAUGGUAUUAGGAAUCUAGGAUGGAUGUGUUUUACAUGGGAUAUUUGAUUGUGUCCCUCUUACAUCCUUCAUAGAUUCUAGGUUUUGCAUGAUACUCUUCCAUCUAUCUGCUUCAUGAAGAGCAUUUUUUUGCUGGGAUUGUUCUUGUCCCCCUUUUGGUUAGUGACCCAAUGUAAAUGUAUAAUGACCUGUGUGACCCUAUAGCUGACACAGAUCUGGUGUACCAUUAGAUUGUAUUUAGCUAUUUUGUUGGUGUGGUAUUAAAAUGAAGCCAAAAAGAAUCACUAAAUUAGAGUCUUUGCAAAUGGAUAAAAUUGAGGCAAGUUUUAUGGGAGAUCAUCAUCUUGAUACAUGGUUUAUCGUGGAUUGAUACUUAAACAAAGAGAAAACAAAUAUGAGAUUAGUUUUGAGGAACAGUUAUUUGUUUUUAUUUUAUUUUUGUCAAACUGAAACAAACUAGGUUACUAAAAUGUUACAAUAAGAGGAUAAUUAACUUCUAUUUCAUUUCAAGUACUAAUCCACGUUGCAACAUUUAUCAA